AUGCCACCCCCAAGGGAUUCGUCCCCGGAACGGGACUACAGGCCCAGGAGACAGUCGGCGCAGAGACGCAGCCGCAACUCUUCAGCGGUCAGGAAUAGUGAUGAUAACGGUGAGCGUGCCGGUCGCGAGCCAAGGCGCAGAAGCAGGAGACCCGAACCCGGCACCAGCGUACCGCCAAUCACCAGAGGAGAACCCAGAGGAGAAUCGUCAAACGGCAGUUCAGCAACCCUUUCAGCAGCAGCUCUGGCCCAGCUCAACAAGCAGAAUGCAAAGCGGAAAGCCAGCCCAAAGAAAGAGGUCAAACGAGCUCUGGAGCGAAGCUAUGAUGCUCAGAGCGAGAGGGAUGUAGCAUGGGAACGGGAGCAGGAAAUGGAAAGGGAACGCAUGCGCGAGGCCCGGAGAGAGUCGAGGAUGCGACGCGAGAAGGAGCGGGAGAGAGAGCAGCAGGAAAAGGAGCGUGAACGGGAGAGGGAGCGAGUCCGGGAAAGGGAUCGCGAAAGGGAGAGACAGAGAGCAAGGGCCAAGCCACCAAGGGUGGCAACGGUGGAAAGUGAGGACGAGUACCGAUACGCUCCCUCAAGGAGGCCGAGGGAUUCCAGAGAUGCGGCCAGGGAUGACAGAACACGACCUAAGCCCAGAAUGGUGCCACCCGAUAGCGACGAUGAGUACCAGUAUCUUACGGCUAAGAAGAGAGAAGAAAGGGCGAGGAAAAGGGCCCCGGCAAUGGAGAGUGACGACGAGUACCAACGACUUACCCCGCAUAGGAGAACAGACAGUGACGACAAGGGUUACCGAGUUGUGGAUGCCCGGCCUGACAAACCCAAAAGUUAUGAGCGGUUACGGCCAGAUAACAGAGCAGGAGAGGACAGAAGCCGGCUCAGGGUUGCAAGCGGUCCUAUGCUUGAGCAGGGGAUAAGGGCACGGAACGUCAGCGGUGGCAUGCUAGAGAAAGGCAGCUUCAUGGCGAGAUUUCAGAAUCUCCGUGGUGGCCAUGGCGGGCCAAGUAUGUCGUCCAGCAGUGGUUAUGAAUCCGUGGACAAGAUGAGCGAUGAUAUAGGGUCCUCACCACCCAAGAAGAAACGGAAGAAGCUGUGGAUUGCGGUUGGUAUCGGUGUGGUUAUCGUCAUCAUUAUCAUCAUUAUCGCCGUGACUGUCAGCAAAAAGAAGUCCGACGACGGCGACGGCAAGGGUAGCAACGACACGCCUUCACAGGGCUUGGGCGAUAUUUCACCCGACGACAUCCCCGCCGACGCACCAACCUGGCUAAAUCCCUUCAAGUGGGCCGACACGACCGACUUCAACCUGACCUACACGGCCCAGACAGUCGGCGACCUACCUGUCAUGGGUCUCUUCUCCCAGUGGGACGACUCCAAAGCCGCCAACGACCAGGUCCCAGCUCUCAACAAGCCCUGGGGGGACUACUCCAAGCGACCCGCCCGAGGCGUCAACGUCGGCGGCUGGCUCAGUCUCGAGCCCUUCAUCACCCCUUCCCUCUUCGCCUACGACCUGCGUUUGGGCAUCGUCGACGAAUACACGCUCUGCACUCACCUUGGCUCUCGGUGCGAGUCCGUAUUCGAAAAACACUACGCCACCUUUGUAACCGAACAGACCUUCAAGGAGAUCGCCGAUGCCGGACUCGAUCACGUCCGCAUACCUUUUUCCUACUGGGCCGUGCAGACCUAUGACGGCGACCCGUACGUCUUCCGCACCUCAUGGCGCUACCUCCUGCGCGCCAUCGAGUGGUGCCGCAAGUACGGCCUGCGCGUCAACCUGGACCUGCACGGCCUCCCCGGUUCCCAAAAUGGGUGGAACCACUCCGGCCGCCAGGGCUACAUCGGCUGGCUAAAUGGAACAGACGGCGACCUCAACGCCAAGCGUUCCCUGGAAAUCCACGACCGACUUUCAAAGUUCUUUGCCCAGGACCGAUACAAGAACAUCAUCUCCCACUAUGGCCUGGCCAACGAGCCGAAAAUGACUUUUUUAUCCGUCGACGCCGUUCUCCAAUGGAUCGAAGACGCCUAUGCGCUCGUACGCAAAAACGGCGUCAAAGACGCCAUCGUCGUCUUUGGCGAUGGCUUCCGCGGCCUCGCCAACUGGCAGGGUGAAUUGCAAGACCUGGGCGACGGCGCCGCACUCGACGUGCACCAGUACGUCAUUUUCAACACCAACCAGAUUGUGUACAAGCAUCACGACAAGAUCAAGUACGCGUGCGAGGGGUGGACGGAGCAGACGGAGCUGUCGAUGGAUCGUUCCAGGGGUUACGGUCCGACGCUGGUGGCUGAGUGGUCCCAGGCUGACACGGAUUGUGCAAAGUACUUGACGAAUGUCGGUUGGGGGAAUCGGUGGACGGGGACGCUGCUUACGGGAAGUGAGAGCAGCGAUGUGUCGACGCCAAGGUGUCCUUACACGGACAGCAGGUGUGAUUGUAUUGCUGCCAAUGCGCCGCCGGAUCAGUGGAGUGAUGAUUACAAGACCUUUUUGAAAAUGUUUGCGGAGGCGCAGAUGUAUAGCUUUGAAAAAGGGUGGGGGUGGUUUUAUUGGCUUUGGGAUACUGAGGAUGCGUAUCAAUGGAGCUACAAAAAGGGUUUGGCUGCCGGUGUCUUGCCUGAGAAGGCGUAUCAGAGAGAUUUCAACUGCGACGUGUCCAAGAUCCCGUCGUUCGAUAACCUCUCAGAGGCUUUUUGA